GCAGCUCGUCGCGGGAAUUUGGAUUGUGUUGUGGAGUUAUCAAAGUGAGAGUAAUGUUACAUUAAUGCGUUUGUCUAACAGCUGAAUCGCUCAUAAGCCUCUUCGUGUGGUUGUGUUGGCAGGCAGUGGGAGGAGGGCUGGCUGUGUUUGAGCAGUGGAUGGAGGAUGAGCAGCCCUGGCCUCAGCAGCGGGACCCCCAAAGCAGCUGACCUCUUUGAGGGUCUGUGGAGGCAGCUUGGAGAGUGCCACCAGAAUGCCCUGCGAGAACUGGAGGCAAAAGUGGGCAAGUUGAAAAAGGAGCGCUGUCUAGAUGCUCAGAGCCUUGAGGUGUUUCAUAAUCGCAACCAGCAGCUGAAGGAGCAGAAUAAAACUCUGCAGCAUGCCCUCAGUCUCCUGGAGGAAAGGCUCCGUGGAGGAGAAUGUGAUCGAUGUGCCGUCUUAGAGGAGAACCUGAAAAAUAACCAGGAUCAGAGUUUGCGCCUCAUCGCCAAACUGAAGAAUGAAAGAAACAGUCUUGAGGAUGAAAACAUAAAACUACAUGCUGAACUGCAAAAAUUAAAGAUGUCUCGCUCAGAGCUCCAGCAGCCUUCAUCCCCGGAGCAAGAAGAAGGCUUCAUCCCAGACUCACCAAUCCUGCCAAGCUCGCUGCCCGUGGUGAACAAACUGAAGAAGCGUAGAAAUAUUGACAAAAUAAAGCGUGUUCGCUAUGCAGAGAUAGCUCUACCACAGUCUAACAACUCACUCUUCAGCGAACUGAAUAAGGAGCCUGUUGGUGCUACGAAGAAUCCUGGAAGAGCAGAAGUUCUUGUACCCAACACAUGUGAAUUGGACGCAUUUCAAAUCUCAAAUGAUGCAAAUCAAAAUCUGGAAGAAGAGGUAGCAGAAACCUGCGGCCUUGAACUUCUUGAAAAGCCUCACAUGAAAACGGAGACGUCCAGAAGUACAGGCCAGCAAAGCCGCUCUAAAUCUCCCUGGAAAAAUGACGUUCAUUUAAAGCCUUACUGCUCCUCCCUUUCAUCCACACUGAUCCACAGUCCAGACUCAACCACAGAAAGAUCCCCAUCACUUCUCCCACGUGUCAAACGUUUUUCAGAGGAGAGCUCCUUUAAUAAAGCAAAGCGGAAGAAGGAGGAAAGUGAGGAGGAGGACAAACAAGGAAACCAGGAAGGGGUGGACAAAGAGACGGAAGGCAAACACAUACAACCUGAACUGAUCAAACGAACCUCCACACCUUUAAACAAUCAAAGCUUCAAGAAGGAGCCAUUGCACAUUAAGGUUCAGUCAGCACAAAAUGACACUGCCAACCAAAGACCAAAUGUUUCCUGUAUAAGUCCUGCUUUCAAGAAGCCAAAUGUUAGAAGAGAAGCAAACAAGGGUGGUGUUGGGAAGAGAGGAAACCCCCUGCAGGAUCUGAGUGCCUCACAUGAUCAACAUGAAGGAGAAGAUGACCAUGCUGCUCACCCAGCUCAAAGGAAGCCCAGAGUGGAGCCCAUGUGGAGCAUUGACCCUGCGCUCGCACUGUCCAUGUAUGACAGUGAGUGGAGAGGAGACGAGCAAAACGAAGACCAGCAGUGUCAUGGAGAACUGGUAGAUACCGACUGCACCUGGGUCAGUCACAGCUUACUCCAGUCUCGGGCAGAAAACGCCCCAGACAGAAGAGACAGUGUAUCUGGACUGGGCGGGAAGGCAAAUGACAGUUUGGAUAUGAUGUUUGACACAACAGCUUACGGGGAGUACAAGUCUUGCAAUGGUUCACACUUAGGCCACAGCCAGCCCUGUGAUGAUGAAGAUGAUGACGAGGAAGAAGAGGAGGAGGAAGAGGGCAAUGAGCCUCAUGAAAACACUAUGAGCCAAAGUAGAGGGCACAAGGCACGACGCCCAACAUUUGCACAUGUGGCUGUGAUUCGCAAUAAGGAGGAGAGAAGGAAACUACAGGGCACUACCUGCAAGGAAUGUGAAAUUUAUUACGCCCAUCUCCCAGAGGAAGAAAGACAGAAAAAGUUGUCUUCGUGCUCCAGGCACCGAUUUCUCUACAUUCCUCCUUCUACUCCAGAAAACUUCUGGGAAGUUGGAUUCCCAUCAACUCAGACGUGCAUUGAAAGAGGUUAUAUCAAGGAAGAGAAGAAUCCACAAGCACGUUCUCGGAGAAGACAGCCAUUCAAUGCUUUGUUCUCCCCGAAUAAAAAACAGCAGGAGGACUAAAAAAGUCUGUUUGUUUCUAUAGAAGAAGUGUUGGAAUUGGCCCAUUUAUGGACAAAUGACAGUAUGUGAAGAACGGGCUUGUCAGUGUCUAAAAAUUACACUGGGUGCACAGUGAAGCUCUGUGUUAUACAGUGACCUUAUUUAGAAUGUUGACCCCUUCACCUGUUUUUGUUUUUGUUAAAGAAGUCUAUAAUUGCUGUGUGUGCAUAUACCGUCUGUCUGUGUUUAGUUUGGAUUAAUAAUAAAUAUAAAUUACA